AUGGAGACUAAAGAAAAACACAGAAGAUGGAGGUCAGAAAGGCUGAAUGCAUAUGACUGUUUUCCUGAUAAUCAUGAUAUUGUGUUUAGCGCUACUCCUAUGCCGACAAGCAAUUUGUAUGAAAACUAUUUAAAAUUCAAAAUCAUGCCUUAUAUUAGUGCUAAAUAUUUCCCUCUGUAAAAGUUAUCCUGAACAGAUUAGAUUGAAGCUGUGUGGUGGCCUAAGCGAAUUUGAUAGGCUUUACCUCUGGCACCUCUAAGCCGAGACCGAAACCCAGUUUUUUCUUGUUAGUGGUUGCCCUAUUUGGUCUGUAUAUAGCCUCUGAGCGCUAACUUUUCCAAUUCAGUCCCUCUGCCCUUAUUACGCUAUCUUCUGCAUCAAAUCCACAGCCAGAUCACUCUAUUAAAGGAACCCUUAGCUGCCUCAGAUCUUCUAGUUUGCCUCACUUUACUCAGGUUAUCCCUGGAAAAUAUAACCCCUUACACGGUUAGGGAAAAACUACAAUAGCAGUUAAGUCACCCCGCUCCACUUCGGGCGCCCAAUUGCUUGAAUGCUUGCUGGCAAAAAAGGGUCCCGAGUAAUACCCAUUGGAUCAGGCCAUAGUGUACAGAUUUUGAUUAAAUCACUCUCUUUGGAAUAUCAGAUGCUGGUGGGCCAACUCGUGCUCCCAAGCUACACUCAGAUAUACAUAAUAGCCGUCCAUAAGAGGAUAGGUAAGGCAUCACCAUAUAUUUUAUGUAUAUCAAAAUUAUGCAUAAUAAGCCGAAAUAUUCGUCGAGAAAAGAAUUCAAGUUAGGCCCUCAAGUAGCCCUAACAAACAAAAUCAAGCCCAAAUCUUCAAGAUUUUCAAUGGAAAUUCCGACCGCACUUAUAAAUAGACGACUAAGAAAUCCUAAAGCAAAGCUAACUCCCCUCUAUUAAAUCUGAACAUCAUUAGAAAAAGUUCCUAUUUCUUAUAAAAAUUAACCCUAUGGUAGUGAAUGAAAAAUAUUUUAAUAUAAAUCUGUAAAUAUUUUGAUAUAUAAUUAAUGAUUAUAAUAAUAAUUUUUCCUUCUAAUUAAAAUAUUUUUUUUAUUUAAAAUAAUUUAUAUAUAUUUUUUAAAUUCACCUCUAUUAUGAGAUUAUAUUAAGCGAAAGCCCUGUUCAAAAUUCCGAUAAUAGAGAGUUUGAAAUAGAAAAUUUAAUCACACAUAGAAAGCCACUCAAUCUGCCUUCAAUCUCUUCGCACAAUUCCCCAAAAUCCCAUAAUCUCCACGAUUCAAUCCAAACAACAUGUACAGAUGCAUAUAAAAAUCUAAUUGAUUCAACCUGCAUAAAACAAAAUUACGCUGAAGAUUCAGCUAUCCCAGCCUGGCAUAAAGAACCCAUACGAAAAUGAAAUGUUCGGCCACCAGCAAUAAUUUUCCCACAAAAAUCUAAAUUAAAAUGCUAUCAAAAAGAGCAAGGGACCGAAAACUCCUUGAAAUCUAAAAUGGAUAAAACAAAAAACGAUAUCCUGGGGAUUCUUAACAAUUGCCAAGAAGAUAUAUCUUUAUUUCUAAAAGAAAGCAUUAAAUUUAGCUAA